GCCCCCCCUUUGAGCUCUAUGGACCCCGGCACAAUGUACUGGCUGCAUCUCCCUCUCCUCAGGCCUGGCAAUUUGGAAUAUAUUAUUGAAAGGUAAAACCUUUCCCUUUGCCAGGAUCAAAUUUCCUGUCUGGGAGAUAAGAAAGGGUUCAAGGAGGUAGCUGCGUAAAAGCUGGAACUUUUUAUUUGUUUAUUCUCAGGAAAGUGAGCGUCAGACUGGGUCAGCGUUCCUGGGGCUAACGACUUCAAAACUCUUGAGUAAACACUUUUUCCUUUCAGGUCUUUUGAUUUUCUUUUGUGUAUGAUUGAUUUAAGGUCCGGUUUUUCUGUGUUCGGGUUCUGAUUUCAAGGUGUUAAAUCCUGUUUUCCGGUUCUUCUGGCGGUUUUGAGUUUUGGAAUAAGUAUCCACCAUGAGCCAAGGAGGUUGGAUAGGAACAUGGAGGCCUCAUCGUCCAAGAGGCCCAAUCAUGGCCCAGUAUACCAGUCCUGGCCCCAAGUACUGCAUACAAGGGGCAACAGGUUAUGUGUCGCACAUUCCCACCAAAAGGAAAGCGCCUGCCUACAGCAUGUAUGGUGCAAAGCCUCCAUCUAGCAAGGACAAUGUUCCAGGUCCUUACUUUGUGCAGGGUACUGUGACUAAUAGAGGAAUUAAGACUGGUCCCUCUUAUUCAUUAAGUGGGCGAACUGAAACAAAAGUGGAGACUACCCCAGGUCCUGCCUGUUACUCACCUGAUAAGGCAAAAAAGGUUAUCUAUAAAGCUUCCCCCAUGCAUUCCAUGGGGUAUCGAACUCAUGGAGGAAAGGUGGAUAGCACACCAGGUCCUAACAAUUAUAUGAUUCCAGAGGUCAUUGGACCACACUCAGUGGCUACCGUAGGCAGCCCUUCCUAUUCUAUGACAGGAAAGAAUAAGCUUGGACGUUUUGAUGAAGACCUUCACAAGACCCCAGGUCCAGCAGCAUAUCACAAGCCCAGUGUAGAGAUCUACAAAAAGAGUGCACCAAAAUAUACCAUGGCAGGCCGACUCAAAGACCAGAAAACAGACAAAAUGCCUGGACCUGCAGAGUACGAACUGGGAAAGAUAUCUUGUGUUCCUGUGUGCAGUUUUGGAAUCAGACAUUCCGAUUAUACAACCCCUGUGAUUGUGGAUGUUUAUUGACUUUGUCCUCUGUGCAGAAAUCACAUUGGUUUUUCAACUUGUUUUUAUAUCAUGUUGCCCACGUUUCAAAGCUACCCAUUUUUAAAGCUUCAAAACCAACUAACAACUGUUUCACCCUGUUUUAUAACCACCUGUCUGGAAGGACUACCACAAAUAUUCAGUAACCAGUUAUCGUUUGAGACUGAAGUUCUAAUCUCUCUGACAAAAAGAAUGUGCCACAGCCACCUUUUGGGAUGAAGAGAGCCCAUUGCAAAUUUUGCUCUGCUGAAUACAUGCCUAGCUUUUGACACUAAUAUAGAGACCAUGGUGUCAUUUUCCAGAAAUUAAAAUUAGAAAUAUUUUAUAUUAUAUUUCCCCCCCUAAAAAACUACUUGGAUUCCUGCUUCAGAACUAUUUCACACAACUUGCUAUUCUUGUAGUAAGUCACAU